AAUCUUACCGAAAACCCCUGGUUUGUCAAUGAUAAACGUGCUGGGCAUAUGAUAUCAGAACGAAAUCUCACAUUCGUAGUAGUUCAUAAUGCUAGUCAUAUGGUACCUUAUGACCACCCAGGUGCUAGUAUGGCCAUGAUGUAUUGGUUUAUUGGGCUAGAUAAACAUAUUACGACAAAAUUUUCAUUCAAAUUUGGAUCUGAGUUAGAUAACGUUGCUACAACUCCGAGCGCAAAUGGCACAAUUUAUAAUGAUUGGGAUAAUGAUGUAUUGAAUCGAUAUUACAAUGCGGGGACUGCUACACUUAUCGUCGUUAUCUGUGGUGUUAUUGCUUUGGCUGUCUUUGUAUUUCGUGGAAGGUUUAGACGUAGGAAAAGUGUUAGUCAAACAAUGAAAGCCUCUGUAGAGAGUUCAGACAGUGAAAUGGCGGAACUUGUUAUCGAAACUCCACUAAAUUCGGAGGAUAUUGAUCAUUUUGGAGAUAGUGAUGAAGAGGAAAAUCAUAAUAAUGAUCAUGAUAGGUUACCUCUCACUUCUAGAACGCACAAAGAUCAAUAA